AUGUUAUAUAAUUUUUUUUAUGAAGCUUUUGGAAAUUUUAUUGCAAUACCUUUACUCUUCUAUAGAGUUGUUCUUAAGGAAAUUUAAUUAGGAGAAUUAACAAUAUAAUAAGGACAGAGUAUGGAAAUAAAUAUGAUGAUAAGUCAUUUUAACCCAUCUAUUUUUGAAAAUUUACUUAAAUUUGAUAUUGAUAGAGGGAAUUCUCCAAUAAUAGAUCCAUCUUUAUUUACACCAUUUUAGCUGGUCCUAGAAAUUGUAUUGGAUAACACUUAGCAACUUUAGAGAUGA